AGCCCGAGAAGUGAAGAGAUGGACACGAGGCGCUCGGGAAUGCUCAGUCCUCACGCAAACUGUAUUUCAGCUGGGUUUGAAGUCCUCACGGCCUUAAACCAAAGUGGCUGUUUCAUCAGGAACAACCAGCUGAGGAGACACUUGGAAACAGAGUUGAUGGGAUAUCGUUGGGUGCUCAGGGUUCUGAUCGCAGGUCGCAAACGCAGAUGUUCAGCUAUGGGAGGUUCUGUUUCAGCAAAAAGUGUUGGGUAA